AUGGAAUUAGACGAUCAGUUGCUUCAAGAUUUAUACGCUUGGCUGGAUCAAAUCCCACUGAGUCGACCCAAGAAACGUAUUGAAAAAGAUUUCGCAGAUGGAGUAAUGGUAGCAGAAUUAAUUAAAUAUUAUUUUCCAUCCUGGGUUGAUCUUCACAAUUAUGCAGCUGCCUCUAGCACACAACAAAAAUUAAUUAAUUGGGGGCUUUUGAACAGAAUUUUACAUCAAAAAUCCAAAACAAGCGAACAAGCAAAUGCUAUGAUGACACCGAGACAAAAUUAUACACCACCAGAAACAGAUGAACGUUCAGAUGCGAAUCAAACUAUUUCACAAUAUGCAAGAAGUGGACCACCGCGACCAAAACCACAAGGACCAGGUAAAAAACCGACUUCAAUGCAUAAUCUUAGUGCCGAUGUUGUAAGCCGAAUUGAAUUUGAUGAAAAAGAACAAGAAUGUAUGGCAAAAGAUGAACAAAUACAAAUUUUGCAAGCAAAAAUACGUAGACUUGAACAUUUAUUACAUUUAAAAGAUGUUCGAGUGGAAGAUUUGUCCGAGAAACUAGAGCGAGUUAAAGGCGGUGUUAGUCGACAACCACCUACAACAACCAAUGGUCGAAAAUAA